UUCCUUAAUGUAUAUUUCCAUCGGCAGGCGAGAGUUGGUUUACAGUGUUUUUGUGCUUAUUGUUACAGGGGUGUUCCCCUUUAAAUAUGGCAUGACAACAAAGCAACUGACAACUACCGUAACUAACUGGAGUAGCUAAGGGCCUUCCCUCCCCAGACAGGGCUUCCCUUUGAUUGGCGGCAUGGGACAUCAAUCUUCUGUGAUCUGAAAGGUCCCUCUGCCCCGGAAUGCUGGCAGUCCUGAGAUGUGUACCUGGGGCAUUGGGUGCAGGGAGCCAGGCUGAAAGGAGAAAGGAACAGGCAAGGCGCUCGGGAAAACUUCACAAGAUGCAAACUCCUGGGUUUGCACUUUCUCUUUCCUGGCUGUGACUCUGUGGCUGCUGCUUCCUGACCCACCUAGUGCUACAGAGAGAAACAGCUGGGAGAAGGGGCAGGGGAAAGAACAGACCUGGAGGCAAGCGGCUCUGGGAUUGCUGAACCUCCGCUUGGUGUUUCCUACCCAACGGGAGGUGCCAGGGCAGCGUUAUCCUUUCCUUUGAAGACUGCAGUGAGUUCCUGAGUGUGGGUUUUGCUCCCUUCAUGGUCUGUAUAUCUACACGCCCUCAUGCAAUCAUCUAGCUACACUGGUAAUCUGAGACCCAGGCAGCACUUUUGUGGGCACCUGGCUGCAGCCAGGAUGGGAUAAUGAAACGUCAAUGAGCUGGAGAGAGAUCUGGAAGAAAUGCAGAAGAAAGGAGCUGGAAGUGACCACUGUCCAGGUCCAGUUUGCUCCCAUGUGUUUUCCAAGGAGGAAGAUCACUGGAGUUCCUGGUAGCAGUUCUGUCCUUUCAGCCACCUGCCUGGAUGAAGCUUUGCAGCUGCCUGACUCGACAUCUCUGGUGGCUCCCAUAGAUCCUGGCUUCUUGGGAAGUUUGCUCCUGAUCUUGUUCCUGCUGAGGACGCCGCUGAAAUGUGCAGCUCCUUCCCCCUGCUGCUUUCCCCAGACCCGCAGCAGGUGCUGCAGGCCGUGCAGGGCCUAGUGGCUGAGCUGCACAAGGACAAAGAAGGCAUGCUGGAGGGUCUCUUGGGAGCCGCUGAGUGCGAAGAGUAUCUGGGGGCUCUGUGUAGACUCCUGGCUGCUCCCAAAGUGAGGCUGUGCAGCAACGUCGUCUACAUCCUGGGCACCAUCGCCGAGAAUGCGAGCGGGGCGGCACGCCUGGUGGCACGGGCAGGCUCGGGCUCCGAGGGGCUCCUGGAUAGCCUGAGCACCAUGCUGACCUGGGACGACCCAGAGGCUGUGAUGAACGCGGCAGGUACCCUGGGCUCCCUGGCGGAAACAGGUCCCAGCCGGCAAUGGCUGCUCCAAGCCCCGAAAGCUGACGAGAUUGUUGAGAAGCUCCUGGCGCUGCUAGGCUCGGCUGACGAAGGCACGGCAAGCAACGCUGCCCUGGUGCUGGCCCGAAUCGCCGGCUCCCAGGAGGGCUGCGUGAAACUGCUGGGCCACCCCCACUCCCAGCGCCUCCUGAGACAGCUGAUCGCUUCCCUGAAGGCGGAGGAAGCAGGCUGCAGCAUGAACGCUGCCUUCACGCUGGGGCGCCUGUGUGAUACGGACCUCGGCCUGCGGCAGCUCUUUGUCCUCCCUGAAGUCUCCAGCAUGAUCCAUGGCCUGGUGUCCAUGAUGGGCCGCGCGGAGGCAGGAGGGAGCCGGAACGCCUGCUUUGCUCUCAGCUGCCUGGCUGCCAACAAGGAGGGGCAUGACCACGUGCUGCAGAGCCCUGCCUUCCCCUGGGCUCUGGAUACGCUGUGCCGCCUGCUUCGCGCCGAGGAGCAGGAGUCCUCCUGGUUUGCUGCCAUGACCGUGCGUGUGCUCGCCAGCCAGCCCCAGGGGGUGAUGACGCUAAGAGAGCACCCAGAGCUGGAACUCCUCCUGCAGGAAGUGGCUGCCUCAGAGACAGUAGGACAAGAGCUGCUAGAGGAAGUGACCGGCACCCUGGCCAAGCUCCAGCGCCUCCCGAAACCCCUGCCCCCGGACGCCAAGGUUCUGGAUUCUGGUUCCAUCCAGGUGGCCUGGGAAAGUUUCAGGCCUCAGAGCAGCCUUGAGGUCAAUUACAGGCUCUACGAGGGGGGUGCCCUGCUGUACCGAGGGCCAGCGCUCAGCUAUGCCUUUGCAGGGGGCGUGCCACGCCAGGAAUACCGCUUUCAGCUCUGCCUUGAGGCGAGGGGCGACCGGGGGCCGUGCAGCGAUGCUACGGUGCUGCCCAGAGAAGAGCCGGUGCCCAGUUGCCCCUUGGACUUCCAUGUGACAGCUCGCAAGGCCACCCAGUUAAAACUGAGCUGGGCCCCUCCGGCCGAGCCCAACGGCCCCAUCAAACACUACACCGUGUACAGGGAGGAGGCCCUGGUGGGCUCCACCCCAGAACUCAGCUGUGUCGUGGGAGGCUUGGCUCCUUCCGCGAGCUACCGGCUCAGCGUCUGCGCGUGCACCAGCAACGCCCAGGGAGAGAAGGCCACCCUGCUCACCAAGACCAUGUCCCUGAGGGGCCGCGCCCCGGAGAGGUUAACCCUCGUGGUGCUGGGGCGCAGCGAGAUCUUUGUGAGGUGGGAUGUGCCCAAAGCGCCGCUGGGACGCUUCUUUAACUAUGAGCUGUGCCUGAAUGGGGAGGUGGUGUACCUGGGCACGGCGCGCUCCUACCUGGCUCGCAGGCUCAGGGCCAACACGGCGUACACCUGCACCGUCAGCGCCCUCACCAGCGCGGGGCGCUGCGUCAGCCGGCCAGUCACCAAACGCACGCCCAGGGAUGAGUACAGCGAUGUCAGCAGAUGCCAUUACCCCUCCCCGGGGAGCGGGCAGCCUGCCACAGCCUCAGCGCCCAGCGAGACUCCGGAAAUCCCUCAGGAGCCAGGAAGGGGCAGAGGCAACGCAGGGGAGUCGCUCAAACCUUCCCCUGCCAGGACCCCGAGAGCCCCUCUCCUGCUGAGCGGAAGGGCGAGUAAAUCCUGGGAGAUCGAGAGCAGCGUGAAACCCUCUGCCGCGCCCAGGAGAGACCCUUUGUCCUGCUCCAGACAGCCAAGCCAGGUGACGCGAGCUGCCAGCCCCUGCAAGCUGGCAACAGUCCUCCCUCUCGGGCACCCGGCUUGGCAGGGCUCACCCGGUCCGAGUGCCGUGCCCGUGUCCCUUCAGCUCAGCCGCACCCUAGAGCCGAGGAAAGCCCGGCAGGCAGCCUCAGGCCAGCAGGGGCCGGGCGACGGGCACCCCCCUGUCCUGGAGAGCUUGGGGCAGGAGCAGCUCAGGGCUCCACUUCGGAGCCAACAGCUCCGGGGGCUGCAGAGGCCAAAGCCACAAACAAGGACUGGCCCAGGCUGUAGCCGGCUGCUGCCCGCCGAGGAGCAUCACCGGAGUCCUCAGAAGACAGCUGUGCCCCUGGGUGUAUCUCCCAAGGGAAACGCCAGCCCCCACCCUGCAGUGGUACCCACCAGAGCUCUCUGCCCUCAGCGGCGGGAUGGCCGCGGGAAUGGAGCUGGGUUUAACGCUGAACGGACAAGGGAAGACGUAUCCCCGGGGAGAGGCCACCCCCGCCUGCCGCUGCUCUGCCUUUCAGAUUGGCUGGCAGGGCUCAGUCGGCGGGCCCCACAGCGUGGCAGCUGCCAGGGGCCGAGUGUGCUGGAGCAUAAGAGGACCCGGAGGGCUCUGAUGCCCAGAUUCCCUGCAGGCCCCCGAAGCUUCCCGGCUAACCCCCUCCCUGCGAUGGGCAGGAGGCUCUCUGGCCAGACGCUCCAGGGGACCCUCCUCGGAGACCAGCUGCUCGCCCAAGCGCACGCCCCAGAAGGAAGAUGCGGGCAGGGCCAGCUGCACCCCCUGGCACCACGGCCUCAGCCAUGAAAAGCAGGAACUGUGGCCCUUUGGAUGAGAAACUGAGGCCGGAGCUGCUUGUACUGGUGGGCGCUGAUAUGGCCACACCCUGACAGGAUGUGGUCCUGGGUAAUGCCCUGUGCCAUCCCCAUGGCCUGACUCAGCGCUGACGGAGGCCUAGGGAGCAGGAAAUCAUCCCUCGAGUCUGGAUUUCUCAUACAGAACUGACCUGACCUCAUGCCUCCGCCUACCCGAGGGGUCCCCAGGGGCUUUACCCCCCCUGGCCUUUGAUGCCUGCAGUGAAAGUGCCUGGGAUCUCAACUGUCUCCCCAGACACCCACUGGCAGAGCGGAGCAACAUCUCAUCUAGAGGCUGGUACCUGUGCCAGCUGCCUGCCCUGGUGCUGCUCUGCAGGGAGCCCAAGCCCUAGUCCAGGACCGGAACCCACGACCGUUAGAUUAGAGGGAAAGUGGAGGCAGUGAAUGUUCGGCACCCCCCUGGCAGUGAGGGGCUCUGGGUACCACCAGGGCGGGCGGCUUGCUGGAGAUUAACACACACGCACUCACUGUGUUACUCUCUGACCCCCACUGGCCAAUGACAGGGGGGCAGGGAGACUACAGACAGGGCCUGGAAGUGGGGGUGGAAAGGGAUGAGAAAUGGGGGGCCCUAGAGGCCCCCUCGUCUCUGCUGUCCAGCCUGCAGCACACAGGGAGGCGCUGACACUGGGCCACCAGCCACAGCUCUCAUCUUGUCACACACCCAAGAUUUGCCAGGCCCAGAACUCGCAUCCGGGACCCAGACAUGACUCUCCGGGGAUUGUCCCUACAGCUAAAUAGCUUUGGAAUAAACCAUCUCUGCUGCUGUCGAGACUGGGAUGUUCCCUGGGCACAAACAACCCAAGAGAGGGUGCCCUGC